CGGGGCCGAGCGCACGCGGGGGGCCGAGCGCGCGGGCCCCCCGGGAGGCCGCGGCCACUGCCCCUCCCCGGGGCGGCGGAGCAUGGAAACGCCCUUCUACGGCGACGAGGCGCUGAGCGGCCUGGGCGGCGGCGGCGGCGGCUUCGCGGCCCCGGGCCGCCCGUUCCCCGGCGCGCCCCCGCCGGCCGGCGGCAUGCUCAAGAAGGACGCGCUGACGCUCAGCCUGGGCGAGCAGGUGGCGGCGGCGCUGAAGCCCGCGCCCGCGGCCCCGCCGGCGCCCGGCGCGGCGCCCCCCGACGGGCUGCUGGCCUCGCCGGACCUGGGGCUGCUCAAGCUGGCCUCGCCGGAACUCGAGCGCCUGCUCAUCCAGUCCAACGGGCUGGUGACCACCACGCCGACCAGCGCGCAGUUCCUCUACCCCAAGGUGGCGGCCAGCGAGGAGCAGGAGUUCGCCGAGGGCUUCGUCAAGGCCCUGGAGGACUUGCACAAGCGGAGCCAGCUGGGCGCGGGCGCGGCCGCCGCGGUGGCCGCCGCCGCCGCCGCCGCUGCCGGGGGGCCCUCGGGGACUGCCGCGGCCGCCGCGCCCCCCGGCGAGCUGGCCCCGCCGCCCGCCGCGCCCGAGGCGCCCGUCUACGCGAACCUGAGCAGCUACGCGGGCGGCGGCGGCGGCAGCGGCAGCGGCGGGGGCGCGGCGGGCGCCGGGGCCGCCUUCGCCGCCGAGCCGUUCCCGCCGCCCCCGGGCGCGCUGGGGCCGCCGCGCCUGGCCGCGCUCAAGGACGAGCCGCAGACGGUGCCCGACGUGCCGAGCUUCGGCGAGAGCCCGCCGCUGUCGCCCAUCGACAUGGACACGCAGGAGCGCAUCAAGGCGGAGCGCAAGCGGCUGCGCAACCGCAUCGCCGCCUCCAAGUGCCGCAAGCGCAAGCUGGAGCGCAUCUCGCGGCUGGAGGAGAAGGUGAAGACGCUCAAGAGCCAGAACACGGAGCUGGCGUCCACGGCCAGCCUGCUGCGCGAGCAGGUGGCGCAGCUCAAGCAGAAGGUGCUGAGCCACGUCAACAGCGGCUGCCAGCUGCUGCCCCAGCACCAGGUGCCCGCGUACUGAGCCGGCGGCGGGCGCAUGCGCGGGGGCGCGCGGAGGCCCGGGGGGCGCCCCGGACUCAGACCACGGAGGGGGCGCCCCCCGCCCGCCUCCCCCACCCCGGACUCGACAAGCUGGACCCCCUGCCCCCGGGGGCCGAGCGCAAGACCCCCCGCUGCCCGCGCCGCCUCGGGCCGCCCCCUGCCCCCCGCCGCUCUGUGCGCGGCGCCGCGGGCGGGGGGCGCAGCUCCGGCCCCGCGGCUCCUUGUACUUUUAGUUUUUUGCCUUUGGAAGCGAGGAGAUCGGAGUGUGCGGUUCCGCCCUAUUUAUGUUUCUACUCGGGAACAAGCGUCGGUUGCGUGCGUGCGUUUUCCUUGUUGGUUUUUUUAAAGAAAUGGGAAGAAGAAAAAAAAAAGACCCCGCCCCCUCCCCUCCUCCUCCCCUCCCCUCCCCUCCGCCGCCCUUUUUUUUUUCCUGGUUUUGUUGUGUUGUUCCGCUCCGAGCCCACAUUCCUGCGCUCUCCCUGGGUCCGCCCCGUGUUCUGUUUGCAGUAAAAGUCUCCGUUCGCCA